AUGCGUCAGGGGCCUACGAAGGAACUCCCCAGCAGGGCCAGCUGUGGUGAAUCCAACCACGAUAUUCUCUGGAUUCUUGUGAUUUACCCCUUGUUUAUCAUUCUUUUCAGCGUAACUUCCCAGAAGCUGAUGAAUGUGGUUAUUAACAGCCUUCCACUUGAUGAGAGCUCUCGACAAGUUGUGGGCGACGAUGGCCACCCCAAUGAGAAAUCGACCACCCUUGAUCUCGACUACAGUACAAGCUCAAACGUUUCAACGACAGAUCCGCCAACGGAUCGCAUGAACGAGUUUGAAACCGUCCAAAAACCUACCGAUGCUGCUGAACCCACGCCUUUGUCGUCAAGUGCUGACAAGCCACAAGGACACCCGACCAAGCAGCAGGAACGACAAGCAGAUGACAAUCAUAAAUCACGGAUUGUGCAAGCAAGCAUUCUGCACAUUCUAGUGGUUGUUAUGACACACAGACUAGGAAUGGUUGCCACCAGACGAGUUCAGGAGACGAAAGACGUUGUGGAGAAAGUGCUUGGAUUGCUCACAUUGUCUGUGGCCAUCUUUUUUGCCGUGCUUUCGGGAGGAAAACUCGAACAUGGAAGGGUCCUCUGGGGGCAAGGCUAUAGAGUUAGCAAUGACGACGGAUCACUUAUGCAUGGCAAAGAUGCAUUGACGGCAUUCGUUGUCAUUAGCUUCUUCUCGUUCGCAAUUCCCUGGGUCAGAUUGUUGAUAGCAUAA